GCCUCUGUCACACACUUCCUGCCCCAGUCCCUCAGUGGCGGCUCGGUGAGUGGGUUCCGGUCUGUCCUGCUAUCCGGGCUGCGGGGCCUGAGGGCCGCUCUGUAGCUGAAGGGGGAGGCGGGAAGGCUCCUGACACAGCGGGUUACUGGGAAGUGGGUUGUUUUGCCGCUACCAUGUCCCUCCGCCAUUCCCUGGCGCCGCUUCCCGACUCCUCCGCUCCUGAUAUCCACAACCUGCAGCAACUGCAUUCCGAGGAACAUGGGGCGGGUAGGUGUCUUGUUAGAGGGGUUUUCUCUCUUUGUUUUGUCAGUGUAAUUUCCCAGGCAAAGUCACCACUUGUUCUUCUCUUCCCCCCCCAGCAGCCCCAUCUCCAUUCUCAGCUCGAUGAUUUUGCCAGAACCAAUGGCAUCAGCCUUGGGCCGUUGAAAAGCAUCGUAAAAAGCAUCUUCCUCAUCCUCAAUGAUGCACUGAAAAGGAAUGUGAGCGCCGAGCAGCUGAGAAACGAUUUGAUUGGUUUGGGCCUCGAUGAGGAAAAAGCUUCAUACUUUGAGUAUCAGUGGGGCACUGACCUGUCGCUGCUGAGCUGGAUGGCAGCGGAACGAACGUUAUUGAUAAAUCAGCUGGUCGACAUGGAAUGGAAGUUUGGAGUUACAGCCGCCAGCAGCGAGACGGACAAGUCUGGAAGCAUCUUUCUACAGCUGAAGAUGAUGGUGCGGAGGGGCAGUGUCACUGAGCCCAUCUAUGUAGAGCUGACUCUCCCUCAGUUCUACAGUUUCCUGCAUGAGAUAGAGCGUGCCAAGAACAGCCUGGAAUGCUUCUCCUGAGGCGGCAUCCUAUGCCCAGUGCCCUUACCCACGGGCACCUUUCAUGUUGGGCCAGUUCAUCGCUGUGACAGGAGCUCUGGAGCUGUGUGGGAUUCAGAGAUAAUGGGAACUUACUGGGUACCCCCCCCCCCCCC